UGAUUUUUAUUUUCAAUUCGGUAAGCGGCAAUUUGUCAUCUGUCAAUAAUACAGUGAAUUAAACAGAAAGUAAAAUUAUUGCAUAUUUACCGUCUGGUAUAUACAAGUAUUAUUUACUUAGUGUAAUAAAAAAUUGUCAGCAGUUCACAUUGGAAAUAUGAAAAAAGAAAAUUUCCAUAUUGGUGAUAAGGUAUUCGCAAAAGUAAAAGGUUAUCCACCAUGGCCUGCAAUGAUUUUGGAAGAAAAUGGGAAGAAAUUCAAAGUUAAAUUUUAUGGAACAGGAGAAAUAGGCCAAAUCAAGAAAGAGGAUUUGUUUUAUUACAACCGAAAUAAAAAUAAAUUGUUGAAACCAUCAAAACGCAAGGAUUUCAACGAUUCAGUAGCAGAAAUUGAAGAAGCUAUUUUAGAAGCUGGAACUGAUGGUGACCCAAACUACGGUAUUGAACAAGGUAAUGAGUCAGUUCUAAGUGAUAAUUCGUCUAUUGUCGAUUCUGAAAGAAGUUUUUCGAAAAAACGCAAAAGGUCCCUUUCAGCAGUAAAGUCAGAAGAUAGUCCGUUGAAUAAAAUAAAGAUGAGGAAAUUAGUAAGUGCCCGAUCCAAUAAUGCCAGCCCGAUACAAGAGGAAAAUAAUUGUAUUAUAGCAGAUUCAGAACAUCCUGAAAAUACUGUUUUGGCAGUUGAUUUGCCACAAAACAGCUCAGAAUCACAUACUACAGAAGAAGAGAAAUCAGCUAGUGGAAUUGAAUCCAAUAAUGAGAGUCCAGAGGUAGAGGAUGAGAGUGAUAUCACAGUAAAGACAGAAACUACUGAAACAACAACAGAUUCUACAGCCAAAAAAGCUGAUACCAAAAAUGAGGAAACUACAGAUUCUACCAAGACGGUGGAGAAAAUAAAAAAAGAUUCUCUAGAAAAUGAUAUUUUGUAUGAAGAAGCACUUGAAGAAACUCAGCAUGCAGGUAGACCUGAAUUUGAAGAUUUUGUUCUGGAAAAAGAGUUAGAAGCAUUUAUAGCUUAUGGGGAUUAUGUGGAAAAACACAAAGAUAUUUAUAUAAAAAUGUCUGUUGAGAAACGAAAUUGUUCAAAACUUCAGGUUUUGCCCAUAUUUAUAGAAAACAAAUGUAUAGGAAUUAAACUUUAUGUUAAUUCAUCUUUAGAUACGUUUUCAAAUGAAUACGAAAGAGCAGUAUUUGACAAGGAAAUAUCUGAAAAAGUAAUUAAUUUGAAGAAUUCAUUCAAACUCGAUAAUUUGAAAGAAUCACCAGAAUUGUAUUAUGAAGACCUGAAAGAAACUAAUGAGGAAGAUUUAAAAAAUUUCUGGCAAAAAAAAAUCAUGAGAUUCAGAGAAGAUACACUAGAGAAAUUGAAGAUUGAAAGUAAACUGUUAGAAAUAGAUUCAAAAAUUAAAAGCAGCUUAAAUUUAGAUGAAGCUGAUCCUAAAGAAGCCAUUUCUCUUCUAGAUGAAAUGCUCAAAAUGGAUAUACUUCCAGUUAUGUUGAUGAAACAUGCCCAUGUAGUGGACAUGGUGAGAAGGCUGAAAAAAUAUGUCGGUAAUUUAGAAAGCUGGGAUUUUACGGAAGAUGAAACAAACACAUUUAAAAGGUAUGCAGAAAAAAUAAGAGGCUCAGCAUUAAAACUGCAUGUGAAAUUCAUGAGAAUAAUAGGUAGACCACAAUAUGAAGAGUCAUUCUGGGACCAUUUCAAUGACAUCACUACAAAUUUUCGUGAAAAAACUAAAGAUCUUGAUGAAAUGGAAUUUUAUUUAUUAACUAGUUGGCCCUACUCAAGAGACAACUUCUUAAAAAAUUAUUUCAUAAAAGAUAUAUCUUUUACUCUGCCUUCUCAAAUUGACGCAAUUGGUAGUAAUGAUGUUUGAUAUAUAAAUUUGUACUUAUUAUUUUUUUUUUGAGACUUUCUUAAUUUUGUUCUAUAAAUACUAUAAGAUCGUUUGCGAAAGAAUUGUAUGAAUGUUUGUGAAUAAGAUGUAGGAUGUUAUUUUUAUAAGUUUAAUUAUAUUUUCACAUAAAGUGAUACCAAUA